GGGUAAUCUCCUUCUCUCACUUACACGGUGUUUUUCCCAAAUCAAUUUCACAGAGCCUCCUCCGGCCUCCAACUCAUCUCCUCACUCCUCCACCAUCUCUCAUUCGUUUUCUCCUUGACUCCGCCACUCUCUCUCUCACUCAGUCCGUUCCUGCAUCAUCCCCCUCACUCCGCCACCCUCUUGUACUCGUUGUCUCCCUCACUCAGUCCGUAGCACCUUCUUCUUCUUCCAAUCAAUCCAUUGCUUCCUCCGUCAAGGCAUUCACCAAAACCGAGAGGCUCAGAGCCAGAGCCACCGUCGGGUGCAUCUACCGCAGAUUGGAGAUUAUGGAAAUGGGGCUCACCGACUUAGUCUCAAACAGAUGAGACGUAGUGUUCUCUCAGCAACAGGAAGUGUUUUCUCGGCAGCAGAAGGAAGCUCUUUACUGGUCUACCGCAUUCAUUUUGCGGUAGCUCACUGUAGGUGCUAAUUUUUUUGGUCAGAUUUGGCUUCAAUAUACCAUUCAAAAUAAAUGGCAGGAAGUAUGAGGGGUGAUUCUGUGGAAGAGUUCAAGGGUCUUCGUAUUACCUCCUUGGAUGACGAAGAGGAAGAAGAACAAGACAUUGAUAUUGAUGAAGAAGAUGAAGAUGAAGGAGAAACUGAUUAUACAGUUUUGGGUUUUGUGAAAAAGCCUAAGAACCCCCAUUCCCUUCUCCGCCAUUUUUUCCCUUCCAAGGCUGGAGGUGUACCUGCUUGGUUGGAUCCUGUAAAUCUACCUUUAGGGAGAUCUUUUCUUUGUGACAUAUGUGGAGAACCUUUGCAGUUCAUGCUGCAGGUUUACGCACCAGAGGAUGUGGAAUAUGCAUUUCAUCGGACAUUAUUUGUGUUUAUUUGUACUUCGAUGGUUUGUCUUCGCAUAGAUCAACAUGAACAAUGGAAGCGUCAUCCUGAUAAACCUUCUAGAAGUGUGAAGGUUUUCCGUUGCCAGUUACCACGUGAUAAUCCUUUCUACUCAAGUGAGCCUCCAAAAAAAGAUGACAAACCUCCUGGAAGUGAAGUUUCUUCUUGUACUUGGUGCGGUACAUGGAGAGGGAUUAAACAGUGUUCGAGUUGCAAAAUAGCACUUUAUUGCUCAGAGAAACAUAAGGUCAAGCAUUCUCAGUUAGGCCAUGAUUAUGAUUGUCAACGUGUGCGUUUUGCUUCUGAGUCAAUUGACAGUAGUCUCAGUAACAGCGGAACAAUCUCUAGUGAAUUACAAAAAGUAGUUGCAUGCACUACUUUAUGGCCAGAACUCGAGGUAAUACAGGAGGAUGAAGAUGAAUUUGACACGCGAAUGUCUGAUGAUAAUGGGGGUGUGAGCACGCUGGUCUCUGGGAACCGAACAGAUGACACAAUAAUGUCAUUGAUGAAGGAAUUUGAGGGUGAUGAUGAGAGAAAGAGUUGGUUAUCAUUCGAAGAGCGCAUAGCCUGGGCCCCAGAACAAGUGUUAAGGUAUUGUAAAACUCCUGAUGCAAAGCCGCUGUGGCCCAUGUCGAGCGGCCGACCAUCGAAGGAUGGCAUCCCUAAAUGCAGCCACUGCAGUGGUCCUCUGCGUUUUGAAUUCCAGAUCUUGCCUCAAUUACUUUACUACUUCCAUGUGAGGAAUGACAAGGACUCACUCGAUUGGGCUACGAUCGCCGUGUAUACUUGCGAAGCAUCUUGUGAUUCAAGUGUGGCUUACAAAGAAGAAUAUGCUUGGGUUCAGCUCUCUUAGCUUUGGAAAAUAUGAACUUUGAGUAAAAUCCAGGAUGUAAAAACAGUCGCGUUCCUUACCCUUUAUGAGAACACACAAAAUUUUGCCUUAUUUUUUUUUCUUAUUUUAAAUAUUUAUUAAGUGUGAUAAGUUCCUAUUUUCCAAGCAAGAACAUCCUUAUUGAAA